UUUUUCUCAAAAAUCUGGUUACAAUAAAUAGCAAAACAAACAAUAGAUAUUUAUUAAGGAGUAAUGGGAAACUCUCAAAGUAAAUCAAGUCAAAGGCAGCGGAAAAGUAAGUCUUCAUUCAAGUCUCAAACAAGAGAGUCUUCUAUAGACGAUACGACAAGGGUAUUACAUGAUCAAAUGGAUAAAUCACAACCUUCCAGAAGUCUCAGCAUUAAUUCAACAACAACUCCAUUCACAGGUCUUCAACAAAAGUUUCAUGAAUGUCGGGACCUUUUACAACCACCUUCAGCACGUUCUGUUGAUCGGCAAGUGUUGAAUGAAGAAGACUCUCCACGAAAAGGCAGUCGUACUCUUAUCAGUUUUGGUGGAAAAAACAACAACAACAACAACAAAAAUAACAAAAGUAAUACAAGUACUAUUCAUAGCAAUAAUAAUAAUAAUAAUAAUAGAAAAGGAAGUAUAGCCACUUUUACUACGGGGACUUCAGCAGCUCAAAGUCGACAUACAACUGGAUCUAAUUUUGAUGUUUCCAAUGUAUCUUCUCCUGCCUCUUCCUAUAAUCACAGUUUCUUUUAUCAUCCCUAUCGAAAACAUUCACUUGUCACUACCGCCUCAUCAUCACGUUCUCUUAGUAAACGUAACAGUAUACAAUCGGAACAUUCAACUCCUGAUGAUCAUGAUCAAGCCAAACAAAGGAAAGAAGAAGACGGAGUGGAGGAUGGUGCUAAGGAUUUUUGGGAUUUACGAUCUUUGAAUCAUAUUCGUGAAUCUGUCAAUGAUAAGCAACGUCGAACGCAUUAUUUUUUGAAACGAGUUUGGAAUGGAAAUUAUUUAGUACCUUUACAAGAUCCAAGUUUAUUUAUUCAAUGGUCUAGUUCAACAGGGAUAUGGUGUUUUGAAAUGGCUUUGGAAUUUCCUAACACAAAGGUGAUUGGUGUAGAUGAACUUCGUCCUGAAAGAAUGGCCUCUUCAUUACCGAAUUUAAAUAUUCGACAAUCUCAUUUAUAUGAACCAGGGGGUGGCAUGAGACAAUUUGAAAAUAAUUCAACUGAUUUGAUUGCUAUUCGUGAUGAAUUCAUGUAUAUGGUGCCUGAUGAUCAAUGGGAAAUCCUUUUGACUGAAUUCUACCGUGUUUUGAAACCUGGUGGUUAUUUGGAAAUCUUUGGUCAAAAUUUUGCUUUUCUAUCUACUGGAUCAGCAGGCAAUAAAUUGAAUGGUUGGAUUAAUCAUUUAGCAACUAGUACAGGUGUGGCCACUGAUUUUCCAAAAAGUUUAAAAGGACAUUGUGAUAAAAUAGGUUUCCAGAAUGCGGAACUACGAGAAGUAGAAUUACCUAUUGGUGAAUGGUCACGUACUGAAACACUGAAAGAAAUGGGUUAUUUGGCAAAGAUUAUGAUCUCCAAACGGUACAAGAUAUUGAAACAUUGGAUAUUGGGUCUGGAACACGAUGUCUCUGAAGAAGAAUUCUUGGAUGCACUCAAUCAAAGUAUGGAUGAAUGUGAAUCUUAUAAUAGCCGUUGUCGAUGUUACUAUGUUGGUGCUCAAAAACCUCUUGAAUGAUGCGAUGUAUAUUCCCCACCUCUCUGUCUUUUUUUUAGUAUAGUUUUUUAUUUAUGUGUAUAUAAUAG